AUGCCUAGCAUGUAUCCUGUCUUUGCUGCCCUGUUGUUCUCAGCCGGCCAAGCAGUGCGCUACACUGGCAGUUCGGAAAGCAUUCAGACUCUGAAUGGGACGACAGAAGGCUAUCCCAACGUGCUGCGUUCUGCCCGGCUCUCGGAGGAGGAGCUCAGGUGGUUGACAGACUAUGCGGCUCCCAGGUGUUAUGUGGAGAGCAAGAUGGAGAUGUCCGAGUGCAUUGGGGAGAAGUGCACGAAAAGGUGGGGUCCCCACUAUGGAAUCCAAGUAAUGAUGGGAAAGGGUGGCCUGGGCCACUGGCAGAGAGUCAUUGGUGCCUGGGCCAUGCUCAUGUGGGAUGAGGACACUUGGAUUUGGAUCCUCCGACAGCCGGUUCCCAGACGAUCAAGGGAGCCCUCCGAGCCUCCGCCACCACAGACAAAAGAGGAUUUGGCACCGCCCAGUGGAAACGAAGGGUUGCCUCCACCGCCACCGGAGGACAAAGAAGAUCUGCCGCCGCCUCGCGUGCGGGAGGCUUUACCCCGUGUUCCACGUACAAGGGGGACAGCCGGAAACCCUUUGGCCAGAGACAUGCUGAAGCCCCUGACAGGGAAGGCUCCUCCACGUGGAGUGCCCAUCAGGUACAAGGGGCGGACUUCGGAUGACACUUCGACUUUUGGAGACUCGACUUGGGAUAUUACAGGAUCCUUGACAGGGUCCUUGGACUCUCAAGGGACACAAUCACAAUCAUCUGAAGCAUCGGUUGGAAAGCCGCCUCCCCCGCCCCGAGGCAAGAGCGGAGCUUCAGGAACCGCCUCAAUCGAGCCUUCGACUCUCGACUCUGAGCCAUGGUGGGAUUCUGUUUAUGCACCAACCACCGUGUAUGACACCGCCACUUCUCAUGGGACGCGAACGGAGUAA